UUUGUGUGACCAACUUCUGGAGCAGCGUUAGCGCGACGGUUUCAGCAUUGCGGAUUAACGGAAGAGUCGUACCUUGUCUGGAAGGGGGAAACAAGACGCGAUGACUUCAACAAACAUGUUUCAGGGUCUCGAGGACGGAUCAAAACCCAGUUCGAGGGUUUUGCGUCCUCCUGGCGGUGGCAGCAGUAACAUAUUUGGUGGUUGUGAUGACACUAGUGCUUCCAGACGGCCAAACAAGAUGGCCUCCACGGUAUUUGCACCUCCAGAAGAGCCUCAAGGAGGUCCCAAACGCUCCAAUCCCCCAGGUGGCAAGAGUAGUGGAAUCUUUGGAGAGCCUCAGGCUCCAUCCACUCAGGCUAAGCCCAUCCCUCCAGGUGGAGUGAGUAACAUCUUUGGGGGGCCACAGUCAAACCCACCUGUUAAAAGUCAUCCAAACAAACCAAAGGACAACAUAGGUUUGGGUGCAGCCGUUGCACCUGAUCCACCAGCCCCUCAGCAAAAAGUGAUUGAAGAAGUUAAGGCAGUGCCUGUCACUCCUGAGGCCACGCCUAGAAAAGAGGAACCUGCUGCUGCUCCUGCACCUACAGCCACAGCCACUCCGGAGGCUGAGUCUUCUCCCAUACAGCCAUCGGAGAAGGACCACGAGCCGCGCCUCGGACCUCGACCUCGCUCACACAACAGAGUGCUCAAUCCUCCUGGUGGAAAAUCCAGUGUGGUUUUCUACUAACCAGUGCCAUUUUUUUUUCUCACUGUUCCUCUCACUUCCGUCUCUUUUACUAACAUCCUUCCUUUCCGCUCCUACUUUCAGAGUGUUGUUGUUUUUGUUUUUUUAUAAUAAUAAAAGUGCUUCAUCAAUGUCUGUCUCUCUCUCUCUCUCUCUCUCUCUCUCUCUCUCUCUCUCUCUCUCUCUCUCUCUCUCUCUCUCUCUCUCUCUCUCUCUCUCUCUCUCUCUCUCUCUCUCUCUCUCUCUCUCUCUCUCUCUUUUUUUCUUUCUUUCACCCUCCCUCAUUCCUUAACUCUUGCACUUUCUAACUCAUUCCUAAACACUCCUUCUGCUUUUAUAUAUAACGGUUUGAGCGAUUUGUGGAUUUGUUGCUUCCUCAAUCAAUCAAAUAGUUCAUGUUGCUUCAGUCAGACUUGCAAGUUGUUUGUGUUUUAUGUGAAUAUGCUCUCUGAAUUUGAUAAUGUAUAGAAUACAAUCCUCUCACGACGAAACUGAAUGACGUGUAUGUAAUGUUUUAACUGGAACCACUGUCUAUCGUCAUGGCAACCGCACUCGUUCUAAAGCAGUGGCACCAAAGCCCUGUCUCAUCAAUGAUCUGCAUGGUUUUCAAUGCUCUUGCACACCUGAUUAAACUGAAGAAGGGCUUAGUAAUAAGAUCGUGAGCUAGGGCUGGGAGGUAUUUCACAAAGUACCUGGAGCAAUCGAGCCAAAAUUUGAUACUGUCCAGUAAGACAAGAAGUAAGGAACAGUCUUAUUGGGCAGUCUUUUCUUUUCUCUUGAGUGAUUAUAAAAAUCCUGUUUUGUGAAAUAGCUACCAAGUGUGUCUGACCAUAAAUUGAUGCAAAACUAGCAUUAGGUCCUUCGGACUGGGUCUGGAACUGUUUGUCCUAACAUACCUCUGAAACUUGGUGAGCGUUCUUUUUGGCUCAGAGUGAUGCUGGAAUCAGCACUAUGAUAUUGUCUUGUUCCCUUUUUUCUGCCUUUUUAUUUAGUGAUUGUAAUGCCACUGGGUUCUCAGGGAGAAUAGGGAUGGAGGACCUGGUUGGGAGAACUAGAGACAAUUUCUCUAUUGUAUGUAUGCUUAAGAACAUGCACUGUUUAGGGAGGUGCUGAAGCAAUACUGAAACAAAUGCCCUCCCAUAUAAACAGACAAAACACCAAAGCACACAUGUACACCAUCAGAUUAUAAUAAAUGUGACAAGGUCAAUCAAAACAAUGCUCUGCAUACUGUGCUUGUAAGGGAAUUCUCCAGCAGUUUUCAAACUAAUCUCUUAUCUGCUACAACUAUGACACAGUCAGUUACUUCAGACAGUAAUUUUGACACAUUUUGUCUGUACUUGGUGAAAGAACAGAAAAUCUCUUGACUUAAAAUUGACUGGGCAGUUGCUAAAAAAACUUCCCAUUGGCUUCUUUAUAAGUGCAUUUUAAGUUGACAGACUUUCUAUCCUUUUUUGAAUAUUGGGAGAAUGUCUGGGAUUUGAUUGUAUGUACCAGGUAAGGCAGGUGGAGAUUAAACUGAGUAUGCACCUUUUAUUUAAGUGCACCUUAAUCAUUCUCUUUGUGCUCUUUUGGUUAAAUUGAGGAAUUUUUGCCAGGGAUGCCUGACUCUAGCCCUGGAGGUUCACAGUCCAUAAGCACACGCCAUUCUGCUUACCCAUCGAACCUGGUUAUGAACUGAUGAGUUGAUCAGUUUGGUUUGAACCAAAAAUUCAUUGUGACUGUGCUGGACUGCAAGCUUCCAGGACUGGAACUGGACAUUCCUGCCUUAGGACAGCAAAACAUACUCUGUAAAGGAAAAAAAAAAUACAUACAAAUGGGUAGAUGCUCUGGAAGGUCCUCUUUUGUACUGAAUGCCAAAGUUUGAGUUAGUUUUGUUAUCAUCCAAAUCACAAUUUCUGCCUUCAGCGAAACCUGACUAUUUUAAAGUGAAAGCAGCAGUGGGGAGGUCUUGAGUGCCACACGUUGGUGUGAAAAUGGUUUUCUCACGUCCUGCUGCCAGCCCUGCCCAAAGUGGCAGCGUGGUUUAGAGGCAAUGUCAGACAGACUGUAUUACAAUAAACAUUUAUUUUGAUGAUUCA